GUCUCUUGGGAUUUCCUCUGAUACCCUCCUUGACCCUCACUUCCUCAAUAGGCUUUGCUCCCCUGCUUGCUACGAGAAAUGCCCCAACGUUGUUGAACUUUACUUCAAUAUGGCCGAAGGAGAGGGAGUAUUCUUGCCUUAUCUCUGUGAGCAAGAACUUUCCAAUCCUCACAGAGCCAUGAGCGAACUUUCAAGUUCUGGACCUAGUUAUGCUUUUUCUUAUGGUCCGGAUUCAAAAGAAUCAUCAACGAAAUUUCAUACUCCUAGUCCGGUUUCAAAAGAACUACCAAAAAAAGUUCAAGACACUUUUACCCAUGCUUCCGCCCCUAGUCCGUUUUCAAAAGAGGCAUCAAGAAAAUUUCAUGUGACUUUUGCCCCUAAUUCCGCCCAUGGUCCAAUUUCAAAAGAAAUAACAAGAGAAUUUCAUGAUACUUUUGCCCCUGCUUUCGCUCCUGGACGAGCUUCAAAAGAAAUAACAAGAAAAUUUCAUGACACUUUUGCCCCUGCUUUCACCCCUGAUUCGUUUUUAAAAGAAACAUCGAGAAAAGUUCACGACACUAUUGCCCCUACUUUCUCCCCUGGUCCAGUUUCUAAAGAAAUGUCAAGAAAGUUUCAUGACACUUUUGCCCCUGGUCCAAUUUCAAAAGAAAUAUCAGGAAAAUUUCAUGACACUUUUGCCCCUGGUCCAGUUUCAAAUGAAAUAGCAGGAAAAUUUCAUAACACUUUUGCCCCUGGUCCAGUUUCAAAUGAAAUAGCAGGAAAAUUUCAUAACACUUUUGCCCCUGGUCCAGUUUCAAAUGAAAUAUCAGGAAAAUUUCAUGACACUUUUGCCCCUGGUCCAAUUUCAAAAGAAAUAUCAGGAAUGUUUCAUGACACUUUUGCCCCUGGUCCGGUUUCAAAAGAAAUAUCAGGAAAGUUUCAUGACACUUUUGCCCCUGGUCCGGUUUCAAAAGAAAUAUCAGGAAAGUUUCAUGACACAUUUGCCCCUAGUCCAAUUUCAAAAGAAAUAUCAGGAAAAGUUCAUGACACUUUUGCUCCUGGUCCAGUUUCAAAAGAAAUAUCAAGAAAGUUUCAUAAAACUUUUGCCCCAGGUCCAAUUUCAAAAGAGAUAUCAGGAAAAUUUCAUGACACUUUUGCUCCUGGUCCAGUUUCAAAAGAAAUAUCAAGAAAGUUUCAUAACACUUUCGCUCCUGGUCCGGUUUCAAAAGAAAUAUCAGGAAAAUUUCAUGACACUUUUGCCCCUGCUUUUGCCCCUAGUCCGGUUACAAAGAAAAUGUCAAGUAAAUUUCAUGAAGCUUUUCCCCCUAAUAUGAAAUCAAGAAAACUUCAUCCCUAAUUUUUUUUCUCCCCUGCUUUCACUCAUGGUUCUGUUUCCGAAAGGACCAUCAAGAAAAUUUCAUCCUUGUCUUUCCCUUGCUCCCUCUCAUAGCCGUGUAUAUGUUCCGUGUUGUGUGGUUUCUUCAAAUAAUUUCCUUUCGAGGGUAGGUAGCGAGGAAAAUUAUUUGUGGGGGAAAAGGUAAUUUUUAGUGAGAAAUUAUUAGCCAUAUAAACAUAUAUCGAACACUAGGAAAUAUGGGUUCGUUUUAUUUUUGGGGUUGGGGAAUGUUGUGGUUACAACAUUUCAAUUGUACAUACAAUUCUGUAAUAAAUUGUACAUUUCAUAAUAUUUUGGAAUAGACUUGUAACUAUAUGAGGAAUCCUGAAUAUUGAAAAACAUUUAUUUAUUUUUAUUUCACUCAUCGAGAGAAUGUUGACCAACUUUU